AUGGUUUAUCAGUUCAGGUUCAUAACACCAUUUAUUGUUCUUGGUGUGGGUGUUGAUGAUGGAUUCUUGAUGAUUCACGGCUGUGUCGAAUCCAAUGAAUUGGAUCAUAGAGCAAAAAUGCGAUCUGUGCUCAUUUCAACCGGGCCAUCGAUUACAUUAACCUCUUUCACAAAUAUAUUUGCGUUCAUGGUACGCAUCAGGAAAAUUCUGCUUUUUUUUAUUGGUGGAUAUUUAUCGCCGCCCGAAGUGCGUUCAUUUUGCUAUUGCACAGCGCUAGCAAUGUUCUUUGGCUUUGCAUUCCAACUGCUUCUAUUCACAUCGGCACUAAUCAAAUUCAAAAUUGUGCCAUCUCAUCGAUCGUCGUCCAUUAACGUUGAAAAUGCUCACAAUCAGAAACAUUUCAUCGUUCGCUACUGUAAAGCACUUCGAACGCGAUUCAUUCGAUCAGCACUGACCGUUACGUUGCUUUUGUACUGGACGAUAAGCAUCUACUCGAUCACUCAAAUGCAAGAGAAGUUUACACCCGAUAAAACUUUUGACUCCGAAUCGCACCUUGCCAAAUCAUUGCCAUGGUUGGAUAAAGUGUGUGACGUUUGGUUACUGGCGUUCAACUAUCAUGAAAAUUUCGGUGUGUUCGUCAUGAAAUUGCCACAAGAUUCUUCACAACUGCUUCGAAGCAUCGCUGAAAUACGCUCAGCAGAGUACAUCUGUGAAGAGGUCAAAACAUGGAUCGAAAUAUACGAUGAAGAGUAUAAUCCACAGAAUUCAACUUCGUUGGAU